UGCCUCAGUUCUGACUGAACAUGUCAGCCUCACCCUGCUCGGGGCGUCUCUUCCUCACACUCAGACUGUGGGUGGGUCCAGGGCCAGUUAAAUGCAGCAGACAGCAGCAGGACAAGCAGCUGUGGUGUCAGCACGGACGCGACGGCUGCUCUCAUGGCUGCAGCAACACCUGGGUCACCUCUGGCUUUGUUCACCUGGUCAUGGAUCUUUGCUCUGGCAUCUGGAGACUUGAUAGAAAUCACAUCUAAAUCUGGAGUCAUCGUCACUCUGCCAUGUCAAGCUUCCAACAGCACCACCAUCACAGCUGUAGAGUGGAUCAGACCUGACCUGGAACCAGAAUAUGUCUUGAAGUACCAAGACGGGCAGCUUGAUCUCAACAACCAGCAUCUGUCUUUUAAGGACCGGGUAGAGCUGGAGGACAGUGAGAUGAAGGACGGAGACGUGUCUUUGGUUCUGAGGGAUGUGACGACUGAUGACAGAGGAACAUACGAGUGUCAUAUCACCCUGAGAAGAACAAACGACACAGUGAAAGAGACUGUGGAAACUGAGACCUUCACCAUCAAACUGUAUGUCCUCCCACUCCCAGAAUUCAUCAGAGCUGAACCCGGAGACAACGUCACUCUGGCAUGUCGAGCUCCCAGCUACACCGACAUCAGAGCAGUAGUGUGGAGCAGACCUGACCUGGAGCCAAGAGUUAUCCUGUACCAGAAGAGGAUGUCAGAUCCAGAACACCAGCAUCUGUCUUUUCAGGACCGGGUGGAGCUGGAGGACAAUGAGAUGAAGGACGGAGACGUGUCUUUGGUUCUGAGGAAUGUGACGACUGGUGACAGUGGAACAUAUGAGUGUCGUGUCAUCCCAGAUACAAUAUUUUACAUCAUAGCAGACCAUGAACCCUUCUGCAUCGUCCACCUGAAUUCUAACCCAGAGCCAAAGCUGCCUGUCCUGAGACCCAUUGUCUCCGUUGUGGUGUGGACCCCCUACUUCAUCAGCACUCUGCUCAUGGUGUCUCUGUAUCGAGAGAGGCUCACAGGAAGGAAAGCUGCUGUUACCAUGACAAUGCCCCCACCCAGUGAGGAGGGACUGGACGGACAGCAUGAUGAUGUCUAUGACAACGUCACCACCGAGCAUCAGUUCUGAGACACUGCGCAGUUACCUUGUGUGUUUGUGUGUUAAUGUUGUGCUCAUGUUGUCCUUUGUCUUUGGUGUCUUGUGACGCAUGCUAAAGUGUGGACGCCUGCUGAAUUGGGCCUUAGUGAUGUGUCUCUGCCAACAAUAUGGAGGUGUAGAUGCUGUGGGGUUGUGUAGCAGCUGGUGACCCAGGAAGCACUGCACAGACAGAGGAAACAGUGAGUCGCAGCAGGCGGCCUACACCUAGCAUCAGCAGCUAGCUUAGUAAUUAGCACAUGUAGUGGGCUUAUGUAACCACAGUCGU